AUGAGUGCCUCCAAGGCGCAGUCUCAAAAGAUCUUUGAGAAGUUGAAGUUGAAGCCGGCAAACAAGCUAUGCUUCGACUGCAGCUCCAAGAAUCCUACCUGGUCAUCGGUUCCCUUUGGUAUCUACCUGUGCCUUGAUUGCUCGUCCAACCAUCGCAAUCUCGGUGUCCACAUCUCCUUUGUUCGAUCCACAAAUCUCGACCAAUGGCAAUGGGAGCAGCUGCGUGUGAUGAAGGUUGGUGGAAAUGAGUCUGCGACCAAAUACUUCCAGACACACGGUGGAUCUGCUGCGCUGGCAAGCAAAGAUGCAAAGGUUAAGUAUACCUCCAAUGCAGCGGUCAAGUACAAGGAAGAAUUGAAGAGACGAGCUGCAGUGGAUGCGCAACAAUACCCCGAGGAGGUUGUUAUCACUGAUCUCCCCGCUGGCACCCCAUCCGACGGCUCUGCUACCCCUGCCGGCGAAGACGACGACUUCUUCUCGUCAUGGGACAAGCCAUCUAUCAAGCGCCCAAGUAACCCACCUUCCCGCACCGGCACGCCACCUGUUGUCAGCCGCACUGGUUCCCCUUUCUUGACCGCCAAUUCGAACGGCUCUCGCUCCAAGUCUCCCCUGGCUGGCUCCGAAGAGAAGGCCUCCCCUGCUGCCCCGGCCGCUAUCCGCGCCAAUUCCGCUGCUAAGAAGACCACCGCCGCUGGUGGUGCGAAGAAGGGAAGCGUGCUGGGUGCUAAGAAGGCCCCCAAGCUUGGAGCCAAGAAGGUUGUUGCUCAUGAUAUCGAUUUCGAGGAAGCUGAGCGAAAGGCCAGGGAAGAGGCCGAGCGUAUCGAGAAGCUUGGAUAUGACCCUGAAGCUGAGCAGGCCGAGGUCGACGCAAAGGCCAAGGCUUCCACUGCUGCUACUCCGAUUGCUGCCCCUACCCCCGUCAGCCCCAACCGUGGUGGAUUCGGUGCUACUGGCAAGGGCCACGAACGUAACUCCAGCGAUGUCGAGCGACUAGGUAUGGGUAUGAACAGACUCGGCUUCGGUCAGGUGGCGAAGCCUCCUGCCCCCAAGAAGCUUGGAUUCGGUGCUGUUGCCCCCAGGUCCGCUGCCGAUGAGGAAGAACUCGCUCAAUCCAAGUCACGAUUUGGCACUCAGAAGGGUAUCUCUUCUGACGAAUUCUUUGGACGGGAGCGCUUCGACCCUAACGCUCAGGCCGAGGCUAAGCAACGGCUCAACCAAUUUGAUGGCGCUACCGCUAUAUCCAGCAAUGCUUACUUCGGCCGGCCCGAGGAUGAUCUUCCUCCUGUCGAUGAUGGCUACGGAGACCUGGAGAACGCUGCUAAGGACUUUGUCCGUCGAUUCGGUAUCACAGCUGGAGAUGAUAUCGAGAACUUGUCUCACCUUGUUGGCGAAGGAGCCACCAAGCUUCAAGGUGCCAUCCGCAACUAUCUGAACUCUUAG